AUGAGCUACUCCCUCGUUGUGUCUGCAGACUUGGACAACGUCACAGACAUGAUGCCUCUUAACACUCCUGAGGCUCCCUUUGAGUUUACCUUCAGGGUCAAGUGCACCACCUGCCAGGAGGUCCAUGGCAAGGAAAUCACCAUCAACACCUUCGAGGCUCACGACAUUUCUGGUUCUAGAGGCUCUGCUUCCUUGGUUUUCAAGUGCUCAUUUUGCGGCUCACGAGGGACGAAGAACAUCUCCAUCACUCCCACCAACUUGAAACUCACUAACGAUGACUCUCAAAGGCACAAACAGAUCCCCUUUUUGGACAUUAACUCAAGAGGCUGCGAAAUCAUCCAGUUCAUUCCUGCAAAUGGCUAUUUUACAUGCUCUGGACUUGACUCGAGCACCACUUUCGACGAGAUAGACCUAGCUGACGAUGAAUGGUAUGACUACGACGAUAACUCUUCUAAUGAAGUCUCCAUCACCAACGUAAAAUGGGACUUUAUCAGAGUUAAGGGCAGGAAAUACUGA